AUGAAGCAAGAUGAAACACUUGCUGAGACGGAGGAGGUGAUGAAUGCGGCGCUGCGAGUGGCGGAGGAGCUGAGCGGCUGCGACAGCGAUCGCGCCUGCGGCUACGCGCUGUGGGCCCCCGCGCUCAUGGCUCUCAAGCAGCGCGGCCGAACGCUUGACGCCGAAAACAUGGAGCGCCUGUUCUGGAGCGAGAACCGCCACGUGCUGACGACCAUGGCGGGGUCUGACCCGGAGGUCCUGCAGUGGCACCUCAGCCGCCAACCCAGCAAGGCGCUGUCCCUCUGCAUCGAGGCGCUGGCCUGCGCUGAAUUCGGCAGCAGCUUCCACCAUGGGGGCGACUCCUACUCCGAUGAGGAGGACUUCCUGGGCUCUGAUGAGGAUGAGGAGCCAGAGGCAUUCGCUCACGGCCUCCCCCGCAUGCGCACCCUGACAGUGCACAACUACAGCUAG